GAUUAGUAGACCGACUAAGAAGCUUCCCUUUAGGGAUGCCCUCUUUACAUUCCCUAUUUAAAGACACUCUUUAAAUUGAGCGAAUAUUGUGAUUAAUUCAUCCAAUCCUCUGUUUCCCUAGUUUCUGCCUUAUUAUUCCCUAGUUUCUUCUACUACACAAUCAUGGCAUCUUUGCUACCUGAAAAUAUAAGCAUCAAAACUGGUGAUGAUGACUUAAAAGGAAUUGAAGGGUUUGAUGAUGAUGCCCUUCUCAUGUCUUUGCUAGAAGAGUCGCAAGGAGAUCAUGAGAGCAAUGAAGAAAGAUUAAGGAGUGUGAUCCAAUCUCUUGAAGCAGAGAUCAACCCAAGUAUAAUGUCGGACGGCUAUGAAACAGCCAUGGAUCCAGCUGAGAUGCCUCGUGACGGAGAGGAUACUGAUGAAUUGCCCAAGACGGCAGAAAUGGAGUCACUUGGUCUUGACUUCGAACUGGUUGAUAUGGAGGUCGUGCCUUCUUCGCCUGGGGAUCAUGACAUGAAUUAUUGGUACAUGGAACCUUCAGAGAAUGAUAUCGUUGAGUUUGGUGUUACGAACUACUUUCAAUUUGGUCAUGAAGCCGCCAUGGAGGAGCAUGGCUAUAGCUCGUUGUGGCAAGAAUCAUAUGACAUAACGAUGUACAAUUAACUUGUGAUUUCUCUCCUUUCUUUUUAUCUUUCGAAUCUUUCCGUGACAUCUC